CGGGACUUCCGGUCCAGCCCCUGCAGCUAAUGUAAACAGCCUCAGUCCUCUACACGGUGGGGAAAUGGCUAAGUUAGUGUUAGGACCGUGUUGCUCGGUGGUCGGAUGCUCCCUCAGACCAGGGACAAACUUAAUGUCUCAGAUUAAAGUCUUCCGCUUUCCUAAAGACACUCAGCAGCGCGAGGCGUGGACCGCUGCGGUCAGGCGGGAGAACUGGACACCGUCGGUGAACUCCAGAGUCUGCAGCACUCACUUCAUCACCGGGAGGCCAUCAGAUGACCCUCUCCAUCCUGACUACGCCCCGUCAAAGCUGCUUCACAAACCUCAGAGAGUGAAAGGAACGGAGAGAUACUGUAAGUCAGUGAAGCGAGCAGCUUCAGCACCAACACAUCCUGAGGUGGGGCCUGUCACUGUGAUGCAAAUCGAACCUGAAGGUCUCAGAUACAAGAGCACAUCAGUGGGGACAGAUCUGUCCAUGAAGGACAUCGAGGACCUGCUCAGUGAAAACGCUGCCCUGAAAAACUACAUAAAAAAACUGGAGACUAAACUGAAAGUCUGCGAGUAAAGCAGAACACCUCUGCUGGGUUUCAGUCGUUCUUCAGCUGUGAUGUGUUUUACAUCUCAACAGCCUGGACACUCAAAACCUCCACAGCUCCACCUGACAACCAGCUCUGUGCUGUGUGCAUGAAACUGCACCUUGACCUCACUCAGCUGGUUUUGUGUUACCAGUCCAGGUGUAGUUCUGGUUUUAUUUCUGCCAUUUUCCAUGACUGACUGAAUGUUAUGUUGCAGUAUCUGAAAUGUCUGUCAUGUUCUCGAGAUGGACAGUGUAUCAGAGAGAACCUGACUCUUUAACAGUGUAAGAUGGAUCUUAGAUUUCAGUGAAAUCUUCAUAGAGCGACAAACAUCUCUCAGUGCCUGGGCAUGAACACAUCCACAGUAUCAGUCAGUCAGAGUUCCUAAUAGAACAAGUCCUGUCACUUUCCUUCCCAAAGCUUGGGGUGAACGUGCAAGCGACAAAGUCAUUACACAGCCAUCUGGCACUGAUAUCCUGGAGGAGGGAGACACGGUCCUUGUUGACAGAGGACUCGACUUCCCAGAAUACUUUGCUACAAAAGGUGAGCGGCUUCAUGUACAAGCAUCGACAUGUAACAAAACACAGCUAACAGGACUGGAUGUGUCGAGGUGUCGCCAGUUGUCACAGGCAGAAAUCCAUGUGACACGCUCAUCUAGCAAAUUAAAGACCUCACAUUUUGAAAAAUAACCUGUCACUCAGCACAGUGAAGUGCAGAACAAGUGACAGCACGACUGCAAUCAGUGAAAUAUUACUGGAUUGUGCUGCUUUGUCAAACCUUGACAAACCCCUUUGUAUGUUUAAAGGGAUAGUUUGGAUUUUUUUGGUUAUUUGAGGUACUUAUUCAUAGACAGUGUGUUACCAACAGUAGAUGUCAGUUGGCACGCACCUGGUUUGGAAACAUCUGACACAUACGCUAAGCGAUGAACUGCUGUGGACGGGAGCAGCAACAAAAGUUAUUAAAGCCACCUAACAAUAUCAUAAUCACUUUAAGUGUGUGUUAUAUUUAGAAUAUUUUCACUGCUUUACCUUCUGUUAGACAGAGAUUUCCAACAGGGAAAUGAAUCCGUUAUAUCGCUCUCUUCAAAGCCAGACUCCAUUGAGAAAACCAAUGAUUUAACAUCACUGAACACAGGAGCUGCUGCUCCACUGCCGCCUCCGUCAGUUUGUUUGUGUUCUUGUGUGACUUUAGUGUUUAAAAAGGUUACUUCACAAAACCCACAAUAACACAAACAAACUCACUAAUGGAGGCAGCGGUCGACCAGCAGCUCCUGUGUUAGUGAGCUUAAAUGACUGUUUCUGUCAAUGGAGUCUGGCUUUGACAAGAGCAGAGAUAGUGAACUGAAGCUGUUGUCUGCUUUACAUCAGAACAAGCUGUCUGACAGAACAGUGAAAAUACUCUCAGUAUAGCAUACACUUCAACUGAUAUUGAUUUUUUUAGGUGUCUAAAACACAUUUUGCUGCUGUCCCCGUCCACAGCCAAACUGCCAAUACUGCUGCCUCUCCAAAGUAUCUCAUACAACACUGCUCCAAAAAACCUGAACUAUCCCUUUAAGAUCAACCGCCAGGAAGAUUAACUUUAAAUACGGCAAGCUUCCCCACUCGUAGGGUCUGGAUCAUUUAUCAAAUAUUUGUAAAUGUCUCAUGUAAAAGAGAACACUGAACACAAUUUGGAUGUUUUUUUAAAUGUCGGGGUCAUCCUAAUUUUCUAACAUCAAUUUGGGAACUGUUUAUUGUUCAGGUGGAUGUCUGAGAUGAAUAAAGUGUCUACAGCCGAUGAUAAAACUCUGACAUGGUUUCAGUUUUGAAAUGUCUGCCUACCUAUUUUUUUUUUGUUUUU